GAUCAGUGUUAGGUUGUCAACGAGAGCUACAGAUGGAGAGUGAUGCAUCUACUACAUCCUCCUCGUCUAGUGACCUAGCUGCAUCUGUAGCGAAGCCUAUGGCAGGACUAGUCGCGUCGUAUUUCCUGCGAUCAAUGGAUUGGAAGACCAAGCGCGUUGAGACGGAAGCAAGAAACGAGGAUUUAAUGGGAAAAGCAGAAUUCAGUGACAACAGUGAUGCGAAGUGUCUAGAGCAGCAAAACGGGAAUGAAGAGACUCGUAUUGAAGUGGAGACAGAGCCGGAUGCUCCUGUAGUCCCAGAGGACGAGACUCUUGAGGAGAGAGUGGACGACAAGAAGGAGUUCCAAGUGACGUACCAGUGUCUUCCGGAUGUGGAGCAGCAGCAGCACGAGACAGAGGUAGUCCAAGGACUAAGUAAGCGACGACCAAUGCAAUAUAUGGACGUGCUGCUGCAGACUGAUGAAUAUGGAGUGGGGCUAAAUGUGGGAGCGGAGAGAAUGGAGGACGGACAAGUCCUCCUAGUGGUGGAGUCUUUCCGCAGGUUAAGUGGGAAGGACAUUGGACCAGCGGAAGCGAGUGGGAAGAUUCAAAAAGGGGAUAUAUUGCAUUCAAUUGAUGGAGAGGAAGUGUGUUCACUUCAGCAAUUACAUGCAAAGCUGCAGGGGAGACUGGGGAAGAGAAGGAAGUUUGUGCUGCUGCGCUUCCUUCGGCCUUUAUGUGGAGACUCUGACGCUUCUGUAACGCCAAUUGUGGAGCGAAAGAGUGAAGCUGUGGAGGUGAAUGAAACAAAUUGCUUGGAGGCUGAGACGCUGCUUCACGGUAACCCUCAAGUGGCUGCUCUAGUCCGUCAACUAGCCACUACGAACAAACUUCUGCAAGAGCAACUGCUAGCCAGCCGACUGAAACAGGAAGAGCAGAGUAUUCAGCUUGAUCAACUGCAUGCGCUGUAUGCGCGAACACAAGCCGAGGGCUUGCCACUUUUUUCUCUGUCCAAGUCUAUCCGCCCAUUUUCGCGCAAAUCAGGCUCGACCAUCGAUGGAGUGGAGAAGUCCACUCCCAACAAGAUUCAGACAGAACUCAUCGAGGCUGUCAAUGCAGGGUACACUCGACUGCGACAAGAGUUCCAACUGCAGCAUAUGAUUGAUAAGCGGGAGUUGGAGGGCAAGAAAUAUGAAGGCCCUGGCUAA